AUGGCGACCACUGUGGAAGCAAAGUUAAGACGGCAGACCAAGUUCCCGCCGGAGUUUGCUGAAAAGGUGGAUAUGACAAAGGUCAACAUCGAGGUUAUGAAAAAAUGGAUCGCUGGCAAAAUAUCCGGAAUCCUGGGGAAUGAGGAUGAUGUGGUCAUCGAGUUAUGUUUUAAUUUGCUGGAGGGGUCGCGCUUUCCAGAUAUCAAGCUUCUACAAAUACAGCUCACCGGAUUUUUAGACAAGGACACUCCCAAGUUCUGUAAGGAACUCUGGAAUCUAUGCCUCAGCGCACAAACCAGUCCACUAGGCGUGCCCAAAGAGCUAUUGGAGGCUAAGAAACAGGAAUUGAAACAAGAAAAACUCGAAUCCGAACGACAGGCCGAAGAAGCUAGGCGGAGGAGGGAAGAAGAGAGGAUGCGCGAGCGUGAAUUGGAAGUGCUGCGGCAGCGGGAACGUGCCGAACGUGGUCGUGGAGGUGGCAGGGAUCGAUGGGGUGAUAGAGACGCCCGUUCACCACCCCGGCGGAGGAGCCUGGACAGAUUUCGUGACGGGCCCGCCCGGCGCAAAGCAGAUACUUGGGCUCCCUCGGGAGGUAGAAGUUCGCGCUGGGCGGAAGAUCGCGGUCGAUGCACCUCUAGGCCAAUAUCCCUAUCUCCAUCCAGAUCUACGUCUCGUUCCUCACCGUCCCCAUCUCCGCACAGGAAGAGCCGUGGUCGUCACCGGCCACACACACGGCGUCGGCGAUCACUAAGUAGUUCCCGUUCGUCGGAUAGGAGGGAUCUCAAGAGGAGAAGAAGACGUAGCCCUGAUCGUGAUGACGAUCAAGACACAGGAGAAGAUCCCCCAUCCACAAUGACCGCAGCAUGUCGCGCUCCCGCUCCCCCGUCUCCGAGAAAUAGUCGCUAUCAGCGCCAUCCACCUUCGAUCUCUCGAUCCCGAUCCCGAUCCCGAUCCUCAUCUCGCCGCAGAUCACGAUCACGCACUCGAGGGAAAGUUGAAAAACGCAGUGAGAAGGGGGGACGCUGGAAAAGAUCACCAUCAUACAAUGCUAAAAAUGAUAGAAAAGGUGAAUCACGAGCUGAUAAUGUUGGCAAGGACCAUCUGUUGAAAUCCCGCGAGGAUCGUCGUCGCCUAAGUCGCAGUCGCAGUCGUAGUCGCAGCCGAAGUAAACAUAGGCACAGCCGCCACCGCCGUCGAAGGAGCCCAAGCAGAAGUCGAAGCAUAUCUCGCUCCCACUCUCGUUCUCGUUCUCGCAGCCCAUUCCGCGAUUGUGAACGGGAACGUGAACUUGGCCGUUGUCGCUCCCGCAGCCCUGUACGGCGUGAACACAAGGGUGACAGGAAGAGGCACCAGUCUAUUGAAAGAUAUGCCCCAGCUGCUAGAAGACGCCGUAAUAAGAGCGCUUCGGCUUCCCCACCUCUUCCCGUUGAGAAACGGCAAGUGAUGGCCGAUUCACAUGAAAGAGACAAAAGAGAAGACGAGGAUGCAGCAAUGAAACGAUCAUCCACUUCUCCUGGCCUUCGUAACGGAGGUUUGGAACUGAAGGAGAAGGAGGAUGGGAAAGUGAAGGAAAACGAGAAGGAGAAAGCUAUGAACACUGACGAGAAGCCAGCCCAGCCCUUGAAAGCCCGUUUAACGGGUACGGAGCUACGUGAGAGACUAGCGCGGGAGAAAGUUAAGGCAUUGCGCCGAGAAAGCGCAGAGGUGAAGGCGAAUGCUUCGCAAACAGAGUAA